AGACCCCCGAGGAGGACCAGGGGAGGGAGCGCCCCCCGGCGGCGGAGACCCGACAACACAGGGAGAGGAUUCAGGGGCGCUUACUGACCCCUGGUGGUCACAGUUUGACACUACAACACAACAAUUUUUCAACAACAGGUUUACGCUCAGGUUCAGGAGGCACAGAGGCUCUCAGGUGGUCUCAGGUGGUCUGAGCAGUGAGGUGAACCUCCUGGGAUAGCAGAGUCAGAAACCCGUUCAGAAACAGGUCAGCAGAGGGGUGUAGCUGCAGUUUGGUUUCUGUUCCUGGAUCCAGUUUCACCACCAGGGAAAGUGACAUACACACACAAACACACACACACAGAUGGAGUGUUUGAAGGUGAAAGGAAGUUUGUGUUCAGCCGCAGGGAAAGACACACAAAGAGAGCGUGUGUGUCCUGGUUACAGUCGUGGUCAAAUAGGCUCCGCCCCUCACAAUGCAUCAUCAAUCUUUAUUUAAACUAAAUGUAGAAAUAAAACAAACUGUAACAUUGUUGUUGUUGUUGUUUAUGUGGUGACAUCACAGUCGACUGUAAACAAUGUUUACUGUGGUGCUGCUCAGACCAGAUAAAUGACCACAUCUCUUGUUUGUUGUGUUUCUGUCUUCAGUCAGCUGCUUCCUGAUUGGCUAUCGUUCAGUUCCACUUAACAAUCCACAGAGAGCGUGCUCGGCUCUCCUGUGUGUCCCCCCCCACACACAACAGGAGUCCUGAUCAGAAAUAUUGAUCAUGUAUAAUAUUCAUCAUAGGGCAAAAUCAGUCUGAACACACCUCACACCACAGGAGAAUCUGAUAAGAUCAUCAGAUCAUCAGACCUGAGGACUCUGAUCAGGAGGAGCGACUCCCUCACUGAAAACAAACAUGUUUGAAUGGAUCGUAGAAAUCAGACGGAGCCACUCAGAGACUCUCACCAAGUUAGUUCUGGUUCUUGAACCGGUUCUGUUCAGGAUUCUCUCAACCUUUGUCACGGUUCAUGGUGCAAACUGUGGAGGUGGGGGGAGAAUUAAUAUGAUGAUUCUUAUGGUGACUAAAUGAGAAACUCUAAACCAGGAUCAGAAGGAUCAGGUGACCUAUGUGAGCACACCGCUCCACAGGUGACCUACAUGAACCCUCCACCCUAAUUCCCAGGACUUGGCAGUAUUAAAGCUGAACCUAUAGACUGAGAGCAGGAUCAGGUGACGGUCUUCAGUCAGCCCGGCUCAAUCAACCACAGUCAGAGGGAUUACAGUUACACCUGUGCAUUAUCAGGAAACCUCUGAAGUCCCAACCAGGUCACCUUACACCUGAGAGACACGCUCCACAGGGGAACAAAGCCCAGACCAGGAUCCUCCUCUGGAUCCAGGACUACAUCAGGUAUUAACUGAUGAAGGAGAAACACUGUUUGAUAUCUCAUCUCACCUGAGCCAAUCUCAAACACAACAGGUGUUUUUCCACAGGAAGUAACACUGAGCAGCUGAUUGGUUAACGAGGUGUCACACUGUGUGAUGUCUCCAACGAACGUCCGCACAGAAACAAGAUGAUGAAGAGUUUGUGUUGAAACAGGUGUAGAUUCACCUGUGUUACAUUAUGUGACAGGUGUUCCUGUUAUUCUGUCCACCCCAUUCAAAACAAUCGAGGAGGGACAGAACGCGUCUUUGACAACCAUCACACAGGUCCUGGUCCAGUGGAGUCUGAGUCCAGCAGAGACCAGUCUGUCAAUGACGUCUGAGGAGGAAGAUGAUGAUGAUGAAGGUCAAUCAGUGUUUUGUGGGUCAAACACACAAUGAUGCAGAAAAAUAAAACAGUGAGAGAACAUCAUGUGAAGUGUGUGUGUUGUGUACAGGUGUGAUGUGACACCUGUCUGUAUUAUUGUAAUGAGGUCACAUUAUGUAUUAAAGACAAAACACAGGACAGAACACAAAAACACAGGCCUACUUCUUACUCAACAAAAGACACACACCUACCUGUGUGGGAGGAGUCCAGGUGUUUUAUUAGCAGCUGUGAGUCUGACAGGUGAGAUCAGCUACAGGUACGAGCAGAGACUUCAGAUCGACGGAGCGACAGAUCGGUGAGUGAAAUGACUUUAAAAAGGAAACUAGAUUUAAUACGAACAACUUGAAAUGAAAUUUACUGAACUGAGAAAUGUAGAAAAACUGAACAAAAAAAUUUAUUUUAAAAAUGGAAGAAAAAAAAACAGGUGACCAUAAAACAUUUGAGAUUAAAAAAGAUUCAUAAACAUGAACAAAUGAAAUUUGCUUCAUACAGAAAUGAACAAUAAUAAUACUGCAAUAAUUAUAAAGUGAACAAGUUUAUUGAAUUAAUAGAAACUGAAAAAAUCUGAUGUUAAAAUCUAAAAUAACUUCUGAUUGAUGAAAUAAAUCAUAAUAAUAACUGAAAGAUUCUUUAGACAAAAACUAAUAACUAAAAUAAAUAAUUUAUUGAUUAUUAAAUAUAAUCAUGAUAAUUUAAAUGUUCCUGAUGUUGAUAAAGAAUACAUUUCUUGUAUUCAUCCUUUUCUAAAUUUGUCUAAAAUUAUUUUCAGUAUUUAAAUGUGGGCAGUUGCAGUUUCCUCUGAUGGGGUGGGCGGUGGAGGGGGUAAAUGAGGAAGGAUGAACAAUGAAGCUAAAAUUCAUUAGAUGAAAGUAAAAACAAGAACAAAGGAUUCAGGUUAAAAAAAAAAUACAAUAAUGUUUUAUUAAUAAUAAAUUCUCUGUUGUCUUGUACAUGCUGCAGAAUUGACAAUAAAGCUGACUUUGACUUUGACUUUGAUAUCAGCAUUGAUAAAAACCUGAUUUUAAUUUGUGCCCCCCCACAGUGAGAGCCCCCCCACCUCGUCUUUUUCCUUUAAUGUUAAACUGCCUUAACUCCGCUGUCGUGUCUCUUCAGACCAUGGUGACCUUUCUUCUUCACUUCCUGUCAAUGGUGGGGUCCCUUCCUGUCAUCAUGGCGAUGCCUGAGCCCCUCCCCCCAGAUGGCUGGGAGAACCCCCUCCCACCUCCUCCUACACCCCCUUACCCCCCCAUGGGAGGCCCCGGACGCAGUUUUUACCCCGUCGGAGAAAACGUGACCGACCCGCCGGCCGGGGCCAUGGAGGCUUACUGCCAGAUGCUGCUGCAGGCCCCAGUCCCCGUCCCCCCUGACCAGAUCCCCUGGUUCUGUCUCUGCACCCACUGCCAGAGUGCCAAGGGGCCCAAAGGAGACCGCGGAGACCGGGGACUGCCAGGUAGUCCAGGUAGUCCUGGAAGAAGGGGGAUUACAGGGUUCAGAGGCCCUCCAGGCUUUGUGGGCAGACCAGGGGUCAAAGGACAGAAAGGAGACGAUGGUGAGAAAGGAGAACAAGGACCCCCUGGACUGCUGGGACCCAAAGGGGACCGCGGCUUCAAAGGUGCCAAAGGUGAUCAAGGUCUUGAAGGCCGCCCCGGAGAUCAGGGUCCUAAAGGAGAUGAUGGAGUCUGUCCAGAUGCCUGUGAGUCCAGCAUGGGCCCUCCAGGAACCCCAGGUCUACCUGGCCCUGCAGGACCCAGAGGUCUGCCUGGUACCUCUGGGAUGCUGGGGUCCAAAGGCUCUAAGGGUGAUGCUGGUGAUCUUGGUCGCCCUGGUGUCCCUGGGUCUGUGGGUGAGAAGGGAGAACAAGGGCCAAAGGGGGACUGUAACUGUACAGAUGGAGUAGAUGGGAGUCCAGGGCAGAAGGGGGACAAGGGAGACAAGGGGGUCCAGGGAGAGGCAGGGCCUGCAGGGCAGACAGGGAUACAGGGGGAUAAGGGAGACAUGGGGCCGAUGGGGAUGAUGGGUGCUCCUGGUCCCUGCAUGCCUGCUAUCCAGUCAGCCUUCGCUGCAGGGCUGACAUCUAGUUACCCCGAGCCCAACACCCCUGUGGUCUUCUCCUACGUUUUCUACAAUGUUCAGGGGAGUUAUGACCCCACCACCGGUAUCUACACUGCCCCCAUCAACGGCACCUACAUUUUCAGCUACCACCUGACUGUCUACGAACGGGUCCUCAAAGUUGGACUCUUUCAUAACUUCAAUCCGGUUGUUAAAACCACAGAACCCAAAGUGUUAGGGACCACCUCGCAUUCACUGAUCCUCCACCUGGCCCGGGGGGACAGGGUGUGGCUUCAGGUGAAGGAUGUGGUCACUAACGGCAUGUACGCUGGUCCUGAGGCCAGCAGUACCUUCUCUGGCUUCUUACUCCACCCAGACUCAUGUGAUUUGGCCUUACUCAGAAUCCCCAUUCCCCCAAUCUACGGGACCUACAACUGGGGCAACUAAACUCUGCUGAAACCGCCCACCAAUGAUCAAAAAUGACCUCUUGUCGCCCAUAGACAGCGCAGAAUUAAUUAUGGAUCAGUCCAGUAGAUCAGUCCAGACCACUGAAACUAAACUAAACCAAAACCAGACUCUGUAGAUUAUUUAUAAAAACCAAUAGACUUUUAUCCCUGAACAUAAAAGUGACCCAAACCAAGAGAAGUUAGACUACAUCAGUUUGUUUAUACAUGUUCUGAAUCUUUAUCUUAUCUCGGGCCUGUGAUAGACUGUAUGAAACAGAAACCACCAUGUCCGACUCUGACAACCUGCGACAUUAUCUUUCAUUAAAACUCGAAAGAGUUCAGAUGACCCACUGAGACCAGAAUGUCUGGUUCCUGUUUACCUGCUCGUUCUCCAGGUGUUUCUGAGGUUGGUUUUAUAAUCUUCAGAUUUCAGGAGGUAUGUUAAUGUAAAAUUCAGAAUCUGGAACAAAGACCAGGCCUCAUUGAUCAGCUCCAUCGUUCAGACACGGUGAUUUCAGGUUCAGAUCUGUUGAUAUGAUAUGAUGUUUCAAACCAUCUGAACUAAUUUUAAAGUCUCUUGCUGUUGUUAAUCUGGGAUCUGUGUGUAAAUCCAUUGGAACAUCAAACUAAAAUUAAAUUAGCUUCAGCUGAA